AUGUGGAUCUUUCUGAUAUCCUCCCUCUUUCUCUUCUCCCUCAGAGCUACGCCUACGGAGGCAGAAUGUUUUACGCCCAACGGUACGGACCGGAACGAUAUGCCAGGCGUGUCGGGUGACCCUUAUCAACCAUGUCCCUCUGACGGAGACGUGGCCAUGUGCUGCAGAAUCGGAACGGGAGAUAUCUGCGUCGAGCAUGGCCUUUGCUUCAAUCCUUCCGGCAACAUUUACUGGAGAGAAAGCUGUACCGACCGUACAUGGAGCGACCCUGCGUGCGUCAAACUUUUUGUCAAUGGGACCGGUUUUAGUGGACCAGACGAUACUGAUGACGAGGGAAAUCAGCUCAACGAUGUGAACGUAUAUCCAUGUGAGGACGGGAGCUAUUGCUAUGGCAACAACAAUAGAGCCUGUUGUGCCCAGCAACAAGGUUACUUCAUCGUCAACGGUGAUCAAACCCGGCAGAAUCUAAGUGAAACCACAAGCUCAAUAUCCUCAUCCCCCUCCUCCACCUCCACGGCCACUGGCUCGUCCUCCACCAUCAUACCCUCUACUAGUGCUGCCCCACCAAUCCCAAACUCAUCCCCGAACUCACUCUCCAGCGGGGCAAGGGCCGGAAUAGGCGUCGGCGUCGCUGUCGGCGCUCUCGUGAUCCUCUCAGCCGUCUUCUGGUUCAUACGCAGGAGAUCGUCCAAGCGGAAGUCGGACCAACCAACAAACCCUGACCACAACGACAAAGAUAUGACUGAACCAAGAAAGGACACCAUAACGAACGGGAGACCGUCCGAGCUCGAAUUCACCCCGAAAAUACCGGCUGAAAUGUACGCUGCGGUGAGGACGUCAACUUCGCCUUCGAAGCCGGCUGGUGAGUUGCCUGCGUGA